GCGGCUUUGCUCCUGGUCCAGAGGUCACUGCUGUGAAACCUGUCUUCAUUAACAGGAGCACAGCGUUCCCUCUUUUUGUCGCCGUGAGCAGUGAGAGUGAGAUGAUGAACUGGACCAAGGCGUCCAGGAAAAAGAAGAUCAUUAUCGGAGUCUUGGCUGUUUCCAUUGUCACCAUAAUCCUUGGACUCGGCCUUGGACUUGGACUGGACCUGCAGAGAUGUCGAAACAAAGUCUCCCCACAGACAUCGUGCAGAAACCGAUGCUUCGAGCCGUUCGACGGCGACGCGCCCGGCUGCAGAUGUGACCGAGGCUGCGAAGCCAGCGCCAGCUGCUGCCACGACUACGCCGACGUCUGCUCGGCCCCGUCUCAGCAGUGGCAGUGCACGAGGCCGCGCUGUGGAGAGAAGAGGCUGACGCUCAGCAGGUGCCACUGCUCCGACGACUGCGUCUCUGCAGGAGACUGCUGCACCAACUACAAGCACGUCUGCAGCGGAGAGGAGACCUGGGUGGAAGGAGACUGCGAGGACCUGUCCAGUCCCACGUGUCCACCGAGCUUCAUGAAGAAGCCGCCGCUGCUGCUCAUCUCUCUGGACGGCCUCAGGGCCGAGUACCUGCAGACGUGGGGGACUGUCAUCCCUGUGCUCAGCAAACUCAAGAAGUGUGGGACCUCAGCUCCAUACAUGCAGGCAGCGUUUCCCAGCAAGACGUUCCCCAACCACUACGCCAUCGUCACGGGCCUCUAUCCAGAGUCCAACGGGUUGAUCGACAACACCAUGUUUGAUCCGGUUCUUAACGCCACCUUCAGCCUGUCCAGCCCGGAGAAGGAGAACCCUGCGUGGUACCUCGGUCAGCCCAUCUGGCUCACAGCCACAUACCAAGGCCUGAAGUCCGGGACGUUUUUCUGGCCAGGGUCCGACGUCAAAAUAAACGGCAGCUACCCCAACAUGUACAAACCUUAUGACGGCAAAGUCCCGUUUGAAGAGCGAGUCUUCACUGUGCUGCAGUGGCUGCAGCUGCCAGAUGAUCAAAGGCCUGAUUUCUACACCUUGUAUCUGGAGGAGCCUGAUAAAUCUGGACACAGCUUUGGUCCCGUUAGUGGAGGGGUGAUCGAAGCCAUCCAGGGUGUGGACCGGAUCAUUGGCCAGCUCAUGAACGGACUCAAGCAGAUCGGCCUGCACCAGUGUCUCAACAUCAUCGUUGUGGCCGACCACGGGAUGGAGGAGACGAGCUGCGACCGGAAGGAGGUGCUGGAGGAGCUGGUGGGUGAUGUCACUCAGUACUUUGUUACUGAGGGGCCAUUUGGACGCAUCAGAGCCAAGAACAGUGACGUGGCCUUCGACUCUGCUGGACUUGUAGCCAACAUGACUUGUAGGAAGCCCGGCCAAAGGACCAGAGCCUACCUGAAGGCCCACCUCCCAAAGCGCCUCCACUUCGCCCACAGCCGUCGCAUCGAGGACGUCGGCGUCCUGGUUGAGCCCAAAUGGCUGUUUGAGAGGAAACCCGGGUCUCUCACUUUCUGCUCUGGGGGGAAUCACGGCUACGACAACGACGCUGACAGCAUGCAUGCCAUGUUCGUCAGUUACGGACCCCAGAUCCGGCAUCAAACUGAAAUCGAAGCCUUUUCCAACACUGAGCUGUACAACCUCAUGUGUGACCUGCUGGAGAUCUCGCCUGUGGACAACAACGGGACCCACGGCAGCAUGAACCACGUCCUGCGCCGGCCCUUCUACGAGCCCAGACACCCGGCGGAGCAGAGCGGCCCGGCCCGGUGCCGUCUGACCAGCCUGGAGCCCGAGGACCCCAUGGGCUGCGCCUGCCCCAGCCCGCCUGGGAAUGAAAUCAACCAGCGUCUGAACCUCACUGCAGAUCAAGAGUCCGCUGCAGAGCAGACGCACGCUGUGCUCGGUCGACCCCGGAUGCUGCAGCCUGACCUGAGCUACUGCAUCCUCUACCACGAGGGCUUCAUCAGCGCCUACAGCCACAGAGCCCUGAUGCCUGUGUGGAGCUCCUUCACCGUGGACAAGCCGGUAAACCUGGACCCGUUGGCUGCGGUGAGGCCUGUUGCCUGUCUGAGGCCUGAUGUCAGACUUCCAGCGUCCCUCAGUUCCAGAUGUGAUCAGUAUGAGAAUGCAGGCAAUGUGACGAGCGCCUUCCUGUAUCCUCCCAAUCUGAACACAUCAGCCGAGCAGCAGUACGACGCUCUGCUGCUGAGCAACGUGGUUCCAAUGUACCCGGAGUUCAAGAAGAUCUGGGACUAUUUCCACAGAAGCCUCCUGAAGAAGUACGCGUCUGAGUACAAUGGGCUAAAUGUGGUGUUGGGCCCCGUGUUCGAUUACAACUACGACGGCCGGUACGACACUGCGGAGCAGAUCAAACAGUUUGUGCUCAACACCAGCAUCCCCAUUCCCACGCACUACUUUGCUGUGCUGACCAGCUGCAGGGACCCGGCCCAGGCGGUGAUGGCCUGUGGCGGCGAGCUGCAGAGCGUCUCCUUCCUGCUGCCGCACAGACCGGACGGCUCCGAAAGCUGCCACAGCGCUGAGGCCCAGUCAUCCUGGGUGGAAGAUCACCUGUGGUUUCACCAGUCCCGGGUCCGGGACGUGGAGUGGAUCACAGGCCUGGACUUUUACCAGGGCAGCAGUCGACCAAUCCCAGAGCUGCUAAGGGUGAAGACCCGCCCCACAGCCGCUAUUCAGAGGAAGCAAUGACAGAAUCAGCGGCAUCAGUGAUUAAUGCUUGUGUUUCAUUAGCUGCUGUAAAGUAACAGUUCUAUUUAUGUUGUUUGUAUAAUGACGUGAGCUGGAAACUCAGAUUAAAUAGAAUAAGAUUAAAUCCUC